CAGGCCGCUACGUUCUCCCGCUCCUGAACGUGCUGAUGUUGUGUAUCCUACGUCGGUGCUGUCCUCUAGGGAUUCCGUCUUCAACUUGAAUUGUUUUUGUGUUUGGGUUACAGGAGAAGGAGAGCCGGUCAGGAGACAUUGAUAUUCACAGUGAUGGCCUUGCAGGGUCCAGGAGAGACUGCGGAUUGGACCGACGAGCCCCCCGAAGACUCGCAGCUCCGUGUUGACAUCCCUUCCGCAUCCCUGCAACUCGGGCCCGGGGACGGCGAGCCUAUGCUGCCCGGGGACCGCUUGUCCUGCUGGCUACAUUGUAUCUGUGUGGUGGGCUUUGAUCUGGAGCUCGGGCAAGCAGUGGAAGUAAUAUACCCGCACCAUUCCAAGCUCACAGAUAAAGAGAAAACUAGUAUUUGCUAUCUGUCUUUCCCAGACUCCAACUCAGGUUGUCUUGGAGACACGCAGUUCUGUUUCCGAUUCCGAGAAGCUGUGGGCAGGAAGGCAUCGCUGUGCUACCCUGUGGACCAGAGCGAUCGAGAUGCCCCUGUCUAUCUGAAGAGGGAUCAGGGCCAUUACUAUGGCUAUGUUUAUUUCCGUCAAGUUCGAGAUAAAACUCUGAAGCGAGGUUACUUUCAGAAGUCUCUGGUGAUUAUCAGCAGGCUGCCCUAUGUUCAUUUCUAUCACUCCCUGCUGAAGUUGAUUGCUCCAGAGUACUUUGAGAAGAGCGAGCCGUGCCUGGAGGCAGCUUGCAGUGACAUUGAGCGUUGGCCCACCCCGGUCCCUGGGACUGCGUUGAGCCUCCCUAUAGUGGGCGUGGUCAUGAAGGUUCGAAUUCCUGCCAGUUAUGACAAGCCCGGCACGACAUACAUUGACCAGUCUGCACCACAGAAUGAUGCCCAGGUGUCUCUCGUGCUUCCUACUAUCCAUGAGGUGGACCUGUUCAGGUGCUUCGGCCCUGUCUUUUUUCACAUCCAGAUGCUGUGGGAGCUGGUGUUGCUAGGGGAGUCGUUGGUUGUCAUGGCACCCUCUCCUGCCGAGUCCUCGGAAACUGUGAUGGCACUGGUCAGCUGUAUUGCUCCUCUGAAGUACUGCAGUGAUUUCAGACCCUACUUCACCAUCCACGACAGCGAGUUCAAGGAGUACACUACGCGAACGCAGGCCCCUCCAUCGGUUAUCCUGGGAGUGACCAAUCCUUUCUUUGCAAAGACAUUGCAGCACUGGCCACACAUCAUCCGCAUUGGAGACAUGAAGCAAGCAGGAGACAUUCCCAAACAAGCCAAGGUGAAAAAACUGAAGAAUCUCAAGACGUUGGACUCCAAACCUGGUGUCUACAGCGCCUACAAACCCUUCCUAAACCGGGACGAGGACAUCAUUAAGCAGCUACAGAAGGGGGUCCAGCAGAAGCGCCCAUCCGCAGCUCAGAAUGCCAUCCUCAGACGGUACUUCCUGGAACUGACCCAGAGUUUCAUCAUUCCUCUAGAACGCUAUCUAGCUAGUUUAAUGCCACUUCAGAAAAGCAUCUCCCCGUGGAAGACGCCCCCCCAGCUGCGUCCGUUCAGCCAGGAGGAGUUCAUGAAGACCCUGGAGAAGGCGGGCCCGCAGCUCACCUCGCACCUCAAGGGAGACUGGAUCGGCCUGUACAGGCAGUUCUUGAAGUCUCCGAACUUCGACGGCUGGUUCCGGAUGCGGAGGAAGGAGGUGAGCCAAAAACUGGAGGCACUGCACCUGGAGGCACUCUGUGAAGAGGAUUUGCUGCUCCGGAUUCAGAAACACACAGAGGUUGAGACUGUGGACCUUGUAUUGAAGUUAAAAGAUAAACUGGUGCAGGCGGAGAGAGAUCAGCUGCCAGUCAAGCCUGAGACCCUGGUCAAGCUGCAGACACACAUUGAGGCGGUCAUCCUGGCGCUCCCCGCUGACCUGCAGGGAAUCCUGCUGAAGCCUGGGACCCCCUGAGGAGGCUGAGUGCUCUGCAAUGAAAUCACAGAGAGGAGCAGAGAGACCAGAGGAGCAAGCAGGGAUCUCAACACCACACAUGCACCGUUCACAAAGGGUGGGUGGGAAACGAAGGACUGUUAAGUAUUUUCAAUCAUGGUUUUACACAAUAAGUGCACUUGUAUCGGUUAAACUGAGCCGAAGAACAUUGUUGUGCAGUGCUGGCAUUGCAGUUCGACCGAAACUAGAAGUGCCUACACUACAAUACACUGAAAUAAUCGACUGCUGCACUACCUGCAGUGGACUGCAGGGGGAGCAUCACUACACGAGAGACACUGCCGCCGCUGAGCACAGUCUGACUGCAGCUGCUGAGGAAAGCUCCUGAUAUGCGUGGAGCGUGCAAUCUAUUUUUAGGCACAUUCAUUUUAAAAGUUAAAUCAAAAUAAAAGGAGAGCUAAACUAAUCCGUCUGGUAGCAUCAUCCCACGGCUGUCCUCGGAUCCAGCACUGGGACACACAGCACCUCAGAGCAGCUAGCAGGGAUUACUUCUACAACAGAAGGGCUCCUUUUCUGUACAACCCUCCUGAACACUCACGUGAACAGCCUGCUUUCUUCAGUUAUUCAGUCCCCUGUGGUCUGAAGUGUGAGUUGAGAGGGGAUGGUGGGGUUUUCACUGUGAACCACAGGGGGUGCUGUGUGUCACAGCAUGUCUGUAGCUGCUCAGUGUGACUGCCAUUGCUUUCUACAAUGACCUGCAUCGCAGGAAUUGUGCUCUUUUGAAGCUGACCACAAUGUUCGAAUGAUGCUGUGUAGCUCCACAUCAGUGCAGAAUCAUCCUCUACCACUUUCUUGCUGUGUGUUUAUUUUCUACCUUUGCUUUGUAAAAUGUGCCCCACCCUAGGGAGAUUAUGGAGUUCAAAAACAAAUCUGGUGGCCUGUACUUUAGUGUCCCACGGUGUUAAGAUAUGAAAUGUUCUGGUCUGUUUUAAGUGGGGAUAAUUGCCCUCAGUGAGGCAAAGUAAAUGAUGAUGGCUGGGUGACAGUGCUGUGAUCAUGUGACACAGUAAUUGCAGCAGCAGUUCCAUUCCAGGAGCCAUCAUGCAGGGCUGCUGCGCUUGCCAGGCUUAUUUGGUUGUUAGGCAACCAUUAACCAUUGACUUUCUCUUUUCUUUACGUUUUUUAAAAAUAUAUGUAUUUUAACAUGCAUUGAAUUUUCUAUAUAAAUCUAUUCUCAUACAAACUGUCUAAGUGAAGUGAAGGUAUUAUAUAAAACACAGUACCAAGCGUCUUCUAUUUUAUUAAGUUUUUAAAGAGACACAGUGUGUCACCUAUUUUAAUAAACUAACACAGUAAUGGCACCGCAACUCUGACGCUCCGACUACCCACUUUGUGAAUUUUAUUCAUAAUUAUCUUCUGUAUUAAAGCCAUAACCACGGAUAUCCGCUGUGACUGUCUAACAGCUGUGCAAACAGAAAGGUGUUAUGUCGAGUUGUCUCUAAUUACGUGCUGCUGUCACUUGUAUCCUAGAGAAGUAUUUUUAUAACAGGGAACAAUAAAGUAGCAACAGAAGCCUG